CUGGAGAAAUUCUCCAAAUCCACCAUUUUGGUAUCCGCCUAUGCUUGUAUUUAUUUUGAUUUUACUCCUCGGAUGUGGAAAUCCCGAGUUUCCAUCUGUCAUUGAAUGCAGCAUUAUCCCCUUUUUCCUUUGUGUUUGAAAGUCUCCUCUGAGAGCAGAAGUGCCCCAGAGAAACGCUUUUAUCCUCCUCUCAGCGGGAACAGCUAUCUUAUGUCUGUGGGAGUGGGAGCCGAACUGUCUCGUGAUGAGUGGUUUUUUAAGCAGUUUCCCAUCCACCGCGCGUGCCGGGAUGGAGAUCUUCUGGCUUUGAUGUCAUUGUUGGAGCAGCUGUCAAACCAGACUCAUCUGACCGCGGAGGACUCCUGCUAUGGAUGGACUCCCAUUCACUGGGCUGCCCACUAUGGACAGUUGGAGUGCGUGGUGCGCCUGGUGCAGCUGGGCUGUGAGGUGAACACGGUGACGAGCCGCUUCAACCAGACGCCCACCCACACCGCCGCCUUCGGGGGACACCCUCACUGCGUGGUGUGGCUGACUCAGGCCGGGGCCGACAUCAACAAACAGGACUGUGUUGGUGAGGCCCCCAUCCACAAGGCCGCUCGCUCCGGAAGCUUGGAGUGUAUCCAGGUCCUGCUGAUAGCCGGAGCAGAACCGCAUUUAAGGAACGCCAGCGGACAGACGGCAGCCGACUUGGCCCGAGCUCACGGCUUCCACGACUGCUUCUGCGUCAUCGCCAACGCCCAGACACAGCUGUGCCAGCUCAGUGUGCUGCGAGACUGCGCCCCCUGUGGCCAGGGCCAGCACUGCAGGAAGAGGCAGCUGUGCGUCAAGGAGAGUCAUUACAUCAAGAAGGCCAGGAGAGCAGAAGCGUUGGUGCAAAGCGCCGUCAGUGAGGAGGUGGAGGCCAUGAGCACGGAGCUUAGCUCAGAUGCAGACACCAAAGCGUUCCUUGGUCAGCCCAGCCCAGCCUCACAGCUGGAGAACACGGCGCCACAUGACCGCUGCCUCUCUCCGCCGUCUGGUCCGCCCAGUUCGGCCGACAUGUGCGGCUCGCUGCAUUUGAGCGGCAGCCCCGGCGGUUCUGGCUCCGACCGGCCGGAGCGCUGGCGGCUGGCGGGAGCCGACUGCGGCGACUCGCUGCUUUACGGACACUACCACGGCUUUGGAGACACGGCCGAGGACCUGAGCGACAUCAGCGGCCUGCAGCCUGUGGCCGGGGCUGUCCACCUCUACCACGGCUCAUAGAUGUCCAGGAGCUGCUGCUCCACGUCAGGUCUGCAGGAAGUGAGGAGGGGAAGGUCUCCAGACAGCUUUCAGGGAGUUCUUUAGAAGCCAUGGAGCUAGAUACAUAUAUCUGCUCCCUGAGAACCAAACCAGGAAGUGAAACUGCUCCACUGUCCUGAAGUCUUAACCACACCUCCGUCUCUUUCUUUUCCCUCCAAGCAGCCAGACUGUGGUCCAGGUAGAUUCCCUCCUAACUAUGUUCAGUCGUUUCCACAAAAACGUUUAGCUUUAAUGUUGAUCCAAGUGAAAAUCAAAGGUGUCAGUCAGGAGAAGAAGCCACAGCCUGUCACCAGCAGGCGCUGUGAAGACAGUCAGACCCACCGUGGAGUGGUUUAGAUUUCAAACAGAAGCCAUACACACCUGAUUCAUCUUUUAAAGCUUUGCCAGGACUCUGUGGUUCUGGUCCAGUGAAACCAUAUUUGAACUGUGGGCCACAAUUUCAAAAGCUGAGUUAGUGUCACACAUAAAAAAAGCUUUGAAUAAACCAUGGGAACAUUGAGUGAAACACGGCGGUGGCAGCAUCAUGAUGUGUAGUCACCUUUCUUCAGCGUGAGCCGGGUCUCUGACCAGGAACUCUGGCAGAUCUACAGAUCAGGAUUGUAGGUCUGUGUGUUACAGCCAGACAAACUCUCCCUCUGCAGGGCAGAGCUGAAUUCAGGAAGCAUCAUGAAUUACAGGCUCUCCUGAAGACGUCGUCACCAUCACACUGAUCUGGCUUUGUGAGGCCAAAAUGAUCAGGUUAGGUAUGAAUCAUCCCCCCCUCCCCACCAUGAUGCUGCCACCACCGUGCUUCAGUCAGGAGAUUAUUAGAAUCUCAACACAUCUCCAUCCUCAGCUUUAAAAGAAAAGGAUUAUUACCAAAGGCAGACCAGUAGGUGGCGCCAGCAUCACCAGCAUCACCAGCUGCUGACCAUCAGCUGCAGGCUGCUUCACACAGCAGGACAUUUAGCCCGUCUCUACCUUCCCAGAGGCGCUGACUAUCAGCGUGUCUAAGACGAUCUAAAGAGAGACUCCUGAUACGUGUUUAGAGCGACGCUGUCCUCAGACGGGGACAUGAAACAAGCUGGAGUGUCUCACCCUGAUGUCCUCACCUGUGUGGCAUCUUCCCAAGACUAAUGAGGACAAAGCCUGCUGAGUGUGACUAUUUCCACAUGCUGCCGUGUGAAGCAGCCUUAAAGAAGGGGGGGGGCAGCUGGAGAUGUCUAGUGUUCAUUUAGUGGACUUCUCAGGUCACCAUAGCUACCAGGCUUCCCGUCCAGCCUGGAGAAACAUGGAAUCAGAGUUCAGUGU